AUGAGAGCUUAUAGGCCAAUGGUUCACCCAAUGACAAGUGAAGACUUGUGGCCUAAGUGUCAUAGACCUCCUUUGAUGCCACCAUUUUAUCACAAACAACCUGGGAGAACAAGAAAGAAGAGGAAGAGGUCAGCAGGUGAACAACCACCAAAUCUAAUCCUACAGCCACCAAGUUGCAGAGGUAUAACUUGGAAACUACCAAAUCUUCUUAAACUCCACAUGCGUCUGAAACAGCCUAAGCUUCUCAAACUGCCCCACCUUCUCAAACUGCUCAAACUUCUCAAACUGCCAAAAAAAGAAAGAGGUUCAAGUCUCUCACAAAGAGGAUUAAACUUCCUAAAAAGAAGGAUGGUUCUCAAACUGUGCAAGGAAGUGAAUCUGUGCAAACUUGUCCAGGUUCUCAAACUGGCCAAUGUUCUCAACCUGCCCAACUUCUCAAACUAUGCAUGGAUCUCAACCAAGUGCAAGCUCAUCACACCCUUUUGCCAAUGGUACAAACAAAAAGGGGUUCAAAUCUCUUGCCAAGAGGAAGAAAUUUACCAAUCGGAAGGAUUUGUUGGAUGGUUAUCAACCUUGGAGAUUCUGAUGAUGUGCAAGUGUUAUAUGUUUUGUUAA